GGGAGGUUACAAUGGCGGAUGUGUCCGAGAGGACGCUGCAGCUGUCGGUGCUGGUGGCUUUCGCUUCAGGGGUUCUGGUGGGCUGGCAGGCGAACCGGCUGCGGAGGCGCUUCCUGGACUGGAGGAAACGGAGACUGCAAGACAAGCUGGCGGCGACACAGAAGAAGCUGGACCUGGCCUGACACCCCGUCGGCGGCCUGAGCCCUGUUGCCCUGAUGCUGCGGGGCCGCCCCUGCCCCGGAGUCGGUGAGCGGCGCUUGGAGCGUCGGGCGGGGGCUGUCCUGGGGCAGCAGGGCUUUCGGAUAGCGCACAGGAGGCGGCUUGCUUCCAGACGGAAAGCUUGUCGAAGAUGGAUAUGAAGCACUAAACAGAAGUAACUUCUUGUAGUUUAUGAAUCAAUUUUAUUUUUGAAAUAAAAAAAACUAAAAGUG